CGAGAAUUCCUCAGGCUGACCCCAACAAUCGACCAUUUGCUUGGACAGAUCAAGACGAGGCACAAUUCAUUGUAUUGCUCAAGCGCUAUGGAUCUGAUUUCAGCGCGAUUACAUCGUGGAUGCCGGGAAAAUCGCUCGCUCAAGUACAGCGUCACUUUGACGACUACUUAGUGGAACGCAACUAUCGGCAAUAUCUGCCCCGAUCCGGCGGGCCAGCAGCCUUGUCAGAGCCCAGAAAUGAUCCACCUGCUUUUGGAUAUGGUUCUAAUAAGCAGAGCUACAGUCAUUACUCUCAGCAGCAACAUGCACCUGUGCAACCACAGCAGGUGCCGUCGGGUCCGAGUCAUGGUGGAGGCUCAUAUCGUCCUCAACCAAUGCUGUCUGUGCAGGGUCCUGGUCAGUAUACAAGCCCUUACAGUGCCUAUAACCAAGGACCUCCGGCUCCUCCACAGAAUCAGCCGAUGUUUCCCUAUGGCAGGCCACCCGAGGGUCCUGGAGGCUACAUGUCCAUGGGUGCCCACCCGUUCGGUCAAGCCCCACAACAGUCAUCGUACGACUAUCGCGGUGGUCCUGGAGGGCCGCCUCAGCACCCAUCAUUUCACAUGCACCCUCAGCAGCUACAUCAUCCGCAUCAUCCAUCUAUGCAGAGUAUGCCAUCUCAGUAUGGCAACCAACGUGGCUCAUUUGACAUGCGGCAUGAUCGUUCCGGUCCACCCAACAUCCCCCUUGGCCCAUCCGACAAGUCUGACCGUCCAUUGUCGCGCAAUUCAAUCGACUCCAUCCUGAACGGCAAUCCUCAUCCACGGGAUUUGCCGCCCGUUCAUCGUGGCGGCUACCCAGUGAAUCAAAACAACCGGAUGGGAGACGGCUAUCCCCCGCACAGUCAAGGAUACCACAACAACGGGCCUCGUGGUCCAUAUUACUACCCGCAUCAGAGGUGACAUCGCACUGCAUUAUAGAAAAGCAACAGCUGUACAUGGCUUGGCAUACAUUGUUUAUAGAUGGAAGCA